AUGAACAACCAGCCUGACGAAAGAUCUGUGUAUCUCGCUUUGAACAAUGUGAUUCGCGGCACUGAUGCACAACUGCGAAAGCAGAAAAAGAUCCGUGAGUUCAUCCUCAAGCAGCAGACUAAUGCCAACGUCAAGGCGCUGAUCGAGUCACAUAAUAUCGACGAUGUAUGCAAUGUUGUCAGAAGUCUUCUUGAACAGCAAGUUUUCGAAUCAACCUUGAAAGCGAAGAUUCGAUUUCCUGAAGUGUUUGAGGUCUCCCCAGCACAGAGCGCGGAACGGUCAGCGUCGGAAAAAGAAGCAGCACGCUCUGAGGCUGAUGCCAUCCAAGUCGCUGUUGAGGGCUCUUCGCGUCUUGACAAAGGCGUGCAUGCGAGUGAUCGUGCACUGGGCAAGCGUCGAGCUGACGACUUUGGAUGUCCAGUUGCGGGACCGUCAGCGAUUGUACCGGAUAAAAGGACGCAUAACGCAAUCGCUGCUCCAACCUCCCUAUACCCAGUAUACCUGCCGUUUCAGACCCAACAUAAACUGUUGGUGCUUGCGCAAGAAACACUGGAACGCGCUUGUUAUGAUUUCACCAUUGCCUCGAUGCCAGAACUGAUCAAGAGCGAAGGAUGGGACUGUGCUGAAGCCUUAGAGUUGAACAUCUGGACGCGAAAGAUGGAAUCAAGAGAGGACAAGUUUCUGGUUGAAGAUGUCGCCGAGCUCGGCAAACCCUUCAACGACUUGUUGGAUACUAUCGCACAGAUACGACACACUGCCGUCCACCGACUACGAAUCAGCGCCAACAGAAUUGGUCUGUAUCUCCAGGACGCCGAGUCGUUGUCGAGGCUCCUGCACGACCGAGGCUGUCUGCAGUCUUUGUCCAGACUCCGUCGCGAGACCCAUCUUGCCAUUGAAGACCUCAAAGGCAACAAGGACCUGCUCGAGUCCCAGCUUGCGGUCAAGAUGAAGGAUAUUGCAGCCCGAAGAGUAGAACUAGAUCGGUUAGAAGAGUCGGUGGUUGUAGACAUGGUGCGCGAGGACCAAGAAUAUGCACAGCUUGUAGGAAAGUCAUUACUGCAGAUGGUCAAUGUUCCGGACACCACGAUACACAGUAUAUCAGCAACGGAGCGCGACCACGAUUCUGAUACAGAGGUUGCUCGAUGUUCGGUCAUGCAUGAAGAGGUCGAUGUCUGUAGGGAUGAGUGGGUGAGUUGA